GUUAGUGACAUAUGACGUCAUGAAGAGACGUAAAGGGAAGCCGAAAAGCAGGAAAAGCAAAGUGGAACCGAGCGAGAAACCUCACUGGCAGUGCAGCUUUGUUUGGGAACAUUUGGGCUUGUGAAUACAGAAUGAACAGACCUUUUAGAAGAUGUCAGCGUAUAUCCUUUGUAUAAUAAACGACUAGACGACGCAAAUAUAGCUGACCCUAGAAAUAAAGAACCAUAUAAAAUGUCCAGCAGUUGAAAUCUGGGAUGCUGUGGUCGACAUGUCUAGCAAAGACAUUUCAGAAGGAAGAAAAGGCUCACACCAGACGGAGCUGUAUGCACAGGUCCCAACAACAUGUCUGCCAAUUGUUUACUCACCUACAUAUAACAUCACCUUUUUGGGUCUGGAGAAACUGCAUCCAUUUGAUGCUGGUAAAUGGGGCAAAGUCAUCCACUUCUUAAAAGGUGCUACUAUCCACUAUCCAGGAAUCCCACGUAUCUCCAUGAUGUCAUUGGGGAUGAUCCCUAGCAGCAGGUUGUCAACUCCAACUAGAGAGGAGCAGCUCAUCACAGAUGAGACCAUUGUUGCAGCACGGGAGGCCAGUGAGGAAGAUCUCCUGGUGGUUCAUACCAAACGCUACCUCAGCAGACUCAAGUGGUCUCUGGUGGUUGCGACUAUCACGGAAAUCCCGCCCCUAAUUUUUCUGCCCAACUUCUUGGUGCAACGCAAGGUGCUGAGGCCAUUACGCACACAGACUGGCGGCACUAUUAUGGCAGGAAAGCUCGCCAUGGACAGAGGUUGGGCAAUUAACGUGGGAGGAGGCUUUCACCACUGUUCCAGCGACAAGGGAGGGGGUUUCUGUGCAUAUGCCGACAUCACACUUACUAUUAAGUUUCUGUUUGAGCGAGUGGAGGGAGUCUCCAGAGCCACCAUCAUUGAUCUGGAUGCUCAUCAGGGAAAUGGCCAUGAGAGGGAUUUCUUGGAUGACAGACGGGUUUACAUAAUGGAUGUCUACAAUCGGCACAUCUACCCUGGGGACGGAUAUGCAAAGAGAGCCAUUAAAAGAAAAGUGGAGCUGGACUGGGGAACAGAAGACACUGAGUAUCUCCAGAUGGUGGAGCUCCACUGUGAGGGCACACUGAAUGAGAUCAGACCUGACAUAAUUGUGUACAAUGCAGGUACUGAUAUUCUGGAUGGUGAUCCUCUUGGAGGCCUGGCCAUUUCCCCUCAGGGCAUCGUGAAGAGAGAUGAGAUCGUGUUUAGAGCAGCACGGACGAGAGGGAUCCCCAUUCUCAUGGUGACGUCAGGCGGCUACCAGAAGAAGACAGCGCGUAUCAUUGCUGACUCAAUCCUGAACCUGCACAGACAGCAUCUGAUUGGUGGAGAGGUGUUGGAAGAGGCGGGGCAGUCAGCGGUGCCAGUCAUGUUGAGCAAGUCCGUGUUGGCUGGGGCAAAUUUCAAUACCGUCUGAUUUUUACUUAUUGGCCUAACAGCACUAUGCUCAUUUUUGUACACUAACAAGCAUUUACUCAUGAUAAGGUGUAGGAUGAUUCAAGGAACUUUAUUCUUCAGUUUUAGUGAGGGGAAAGUUUAUAUUUUUAGCUGCUCGAGCCUAUACUACUUUAAUCUGUGGUACUCUAAACUAAACCUUUAAGAUGAUAUUUAAAUUCUUUACAUUGUUACUUUAUGCAAUGCUUGUUUGCACAAUUUAAAUUGUCUUAAGCUACAGCAAUUCCAAUACAGGAAGCAGUUUCUAAAUUUAUUGUAUUAAACAAAUUACUUCUAGAACAGUACCAAAAGUCAUUUGAUACAAGCACUCCUGAUUAUCAUGAGUCUAACCUUAAUCUGCUUUGCUCAUAUUUUCAUUAAUCUCAUUACACAGUCUGUGAAAUGUUCUAAAUGUAUAAAGCCAUAAAUAAUAGCAUUACCAGGUCUAGCACAAUUCAGCAGCAAUAGCUUGGAGAGUUCAUCAGCAGGUUUAUUGCCUUGGCUUUGUGGGACUGACCAACUGAAUGUGCUCUUCAUUCCACUCUUACUCAGUUUGACUUUUUCAGUAGACUCAUUUCAAAGGUGUCUUUCAUGAAUCAUAACUUCUUCGUGCCCCCAGCACAAGUUCUUUUUCUUCAUCCUGACUCAGCACCUACAUUUAGCUAUACAGCACCAAGGGAAUAUAAAUUAUAAAUAUGUCCUCAUAGCUGGUGCUCGGUGCCCCUCAAAAAAGUAGCUGCUCUCUACUUACCAGAACCAUUUUCACAACCAUGCGGAUUUAUUUUGUCAAAACAAGAAUUAGCCAGUGCUUCCUUUUAUGUAAAUAUAGAUGCUUCAUUUUGGUCAGUGGCUGUUGGAAAGCGAGGUUAGCAUGUUAAAAUAUAUUGAAUAUUAUUAAAAGUGAUCAGUUUUUAAGUUUCAAAAUUUCUUGUUUUUAUUUUAUUUUGAGCAAUCAUUUCUGAAAUAUAAAUGUUUAGAAUUAAUUAGAAAUAGUAAACAAAAUAAAAGAAGAAGCCUUGAUUAGCUUAUAUGUGGUUUAUUGUAAUUCUAUAAGAAAUAGUAACUAAAUUUGAUGAAAUUCAAGACUACACUAAGAUGUCAUUUUUUGCAUUGUAGUUGCGUCUGCAGUCUGUUUGGUUUAGUGCUUGGCUGCUGAAUUGCGAUUGAGAAAAGCACUAAUAACUGUAAUGAGGGCUUUCCUCUAUUCUCUGUUGAAAGGAUGUGUAUGAAAGUAAGAGGAAGAUUAGAAAGAUUGCAGAGGCUGAUUUUAUAGCUCCUUGAGGAAUAUUGAAUUUAGGUGCAUGCAAGUUUCAGUGCUUUAAAUGUGACUUUUUAGCAGGUAUUUGGGAAUAAAAGUGUUGUUCCUGCUACUGAAUACUGCACAUUAUGAUCAUUCUCUUUGCUUUUGUUUAUUUUGAUGAGGUUUGUAGCAAACCCUUAUUGACAUGAAUUAUACUUUAAACUGAUCCCUGCACUUAAACCACUUGAACUCUCUGGGGAACUUAAACUGAUGUUUUUUGAGGUCUGGUCAGGUGUGUGUAAGUAUUUAAAUACUGAUGCUUACUGUACCGUAUAUCCACACACUACAUGGUGCGGCAUCUAACAAAAGUGCCAUGAUAUUGUGCAUUCUUAUUGCAUAUGCAUUCUUCAUAUUUUUUCUUUUUUGGUAUCUGGCAUUCAGAUUUAAAUCUCUUCUGUGUGAGAACUGGGCAAAUAAAUCCAAUCUAAUUACAUGA